AUGGACCUUUCUCCGGACGAGGAGAACUUCCAAGGCCGCUUGCUGCAUCAGGCCGCUCUAUGGGACAAUAUAGAAUUGCUGCAAGAACUGAUUGCAAGCGGUGCUGAAGUUGACGCUCGUGAUCAGCAUAAUCGUAGCGCGUUACAUGCAGCAGCAUUAGCGGAAAGGAGCAGCUGCCUUCCAGCGCUUUGUGCUGCUGGAGCUGAUGUUAAUUCUAAGAGCGACGAAAGUACAGGUGGAAAGACACCACUGCACAUAGCAGCUGAACGGGGUCACGCUGAGAACAUCAGCGCGCUGUUAUCAGCGGGCGCUGACAUAACAGUGCUGACUGCGGCCGGAGACAGCGCGCUCACACUGGCUGAAAGAUCAAGGCAUAGGCAUGCUGCGAACGUGCUGAGAGAAGCUAGAGGUUGGUUGAAUUUAUACUAA